CGUUACAAGAGGCCGACUUUUAACUUCAUCCGAUAUUCCGCGAAUCACCUCAAAAUCCUCAUCCUCACUAGAUACAUAAUCAUUCUCUAAUACCCACAUAAAAGUACUUACGAUACGCCAGAUUUUACCCUAAUUACCGUCUUUAAUUAAGCACUGUACAUUAAAAUUCAUAUUCAUAGAAUUGUGACGAUAGUUUGCCAGUAUGGACCAACCGACCCAGCAGAUACAAUCCGAGCUAGAGAGCUUUAGAGAACAAUGGCGAGCCGAAGUCUCGGCUCGAUCAAGAAACACUGCUAGCUCUCAACAGCAGCAGAGGACAGCCCCUAAUCAACCGGGAUCCUCUUCAACUAUAACAACCAACAGGCCUCCGAGGAGAAAUGAAUUUACGCAUAGAAAAUCAACUUCAAAGACUAUGCAACGAGUCGAAGAUGAGGAUGAAUACCAUGAACCCCAGCAUUUCGAUGAGCCAGAUACUAGCAAAUCCGUAACAAGCCAGAAGCUCGGCCGUCAUGAUGGAGACCCUACUAAGGAUAUAGAUCAAGAGCCCCAGACCGCCUUAGACUUCUACGAAAAAGCCGUCGAGAGGGAGGCGACCGGUAAACUCGGCGAUAGUCUACAACUCUAUCGAAAGGCCUUCCGCAUGGACGACAAUGUCGACCAAUCCUACCGUAAUAAGCACUUCCCAGGCCGUUGGAUAAAGCCGGGCCAAAUCAACCCAUCUAACGCUCCCGUAACCGUUCCCAAUACCGCCCAUCACUCCCUAGAUGGUGGAGCACCCGCAUUAUCCCUACCUGACCUCAUUGCUAGCUUCUCCAGCCUCAAAAUUGAGGGAGCACCACCAGAAUGCGAAGAUGUAGCAGCGCCCCCAUGCCCCGUUUCUAUGCUGCCCGACGAGAUCCUCGUCAAUAUCCUGCGAGACGUCGCGGUCGCAGAUGUGGGUGAUUUCGUGCGUUUAGCCAGGGUCUGUAAGAGGUUGGCUUACUUGGUAGCUACCGAGGAUCAAAUCUGGCGACGGGUCUGCUUGGGUCACGAAUUUGGUUUCGGUGGGAUGCACUACCAUUGGCAAAGGGGUAUCAGCUGGGAGCCUCUAGACAUAACACAGGGACUCACCGACUCUAAUGACGCAUUUACUCUAGAGGAAUUGGCACGUCAACGACAGGAGGAGAGUCGAGCAACAACUAACCUGUUACUUCGUGGACCCUACGCAUCGUCCUGGAAGAUAAUGUUCCGCCGGCGCCCAAGAGUGCGAUUUAAUGGGUGUUAUAUUAGCACGGUCAAUUAUAUCCGCCCGGGACAGGCGUCAGCGCACCAGGUUACGUGGAAUAGUCCUGUUCACAUCGUAACCUACUAUCGGUACCUGCGGCUGUUCCGCGACGGCACCGCCAUCAGCCUACUAACCACCGACGAGCCUGCCCAUGUCGUGCACCACCUUACACGAGACAAUGUGGCCUUGCACCGCGGUGGCUCUGGGCCCCAUUAUCUGCCCUCCGCUGUUAUGGGCUCCGCGCUAAAGGGGCGCUGGCGCUUAUCCUCGUCAGCGGAUAAGAAUAACGACAGCACCAACAAUACUAAUACAGAGACGACUCUCGUCGACGCGGAAGGCGACCUGUACGUCGAGACGGAGGGUGUAGGGAAAUAUAUGUACCGCAUGGAGCUUACGUUCCGGGGUACAGGCAAGGCGGCAGCCAUAAAUAGGAAUAAUAACAACAGGCUAACGUGGAAGGGUUUCUGGAGCUACAACAGGCAAACAGAUGAUUGGGCAGAGUUCCCGCUCAAGAAUGGAAAGCCAUUCUUCUUCAGUCGGGUUAGGAGUUACGGGAUCGGCGAGUAGGCAGUAGAUAGGCGUUUAUGAACCUCGAAGCUUGAGGCGCUUUAGCCCCGCGGCUUAUUAGGUGUUGAUCGCACAUAACAUAAAGCAUACGUGACUUUCAGGCACUGCGUGUGCAUAGGUUAGAUAGGGAGAUAUAGCAUCAUAGGUAUUCGUACAUAUCAUAGAAAUAGAGCAAAGGCAUAAGGAGGUAACAUCAAAGUAUGCAUGCUAUGUUCAUUCGACUGAAGUUUGACUUCUAAGAAUUCUUUAGCAGACCUGAUUAAUAUAGUAC